CCCCGUUGUAAAUACGAAUGACAGACAGAGGCGUUGAUAUUAAUGACAUCGCACAAUCAAUACGGAAACCCGACUCGACUUAUUAUCGCAGGCUGGUGAGACCCCGUUGAUGUCAUUCCCUGUACCAACCAGCGUUCUGCCAGCCGAGAGAGGAAGACUACCUUGUUCCACAGGUAGCUUGUGGCCAAUGCCACAAACGCUACCUGCCCAGGGAAGUGGACUAUCAGCAGGACUAAAGACCUUGCAAGUUGGUCCCAACAAAUAUCCGUUGGCCUGCAUAGUGAGUGGCAGUGCAUCUGCCUGCAGGGAAAGUGGUAAUGUCAGACUUAAGCAAAGAGCUGGUGGAUUUAGUUUGGGGGAGACCAACAACCGGGGCAGUUUCAGCCUCCAUCUUUCGAAGAUGGACACAAGGGUUUGUGUUCAGUGAGAAUGAGCGCACAGCUCUCGAGCAGUUUGAAGGGGGCCCAUGUGCUGUAAUUGUGCCUGUACAGGCUUUCCUCUUGAAGACUCUUCUCUUUAACCGAGAGACUUCAAACUGGAGAGACAUGACAGAGGAGGAGCAGAAAACUGUCCUCUGUUCUGGGCUGAGUGAAAUCCUGGAAUCGGCCUGUUCCAGCACCUCCACAGGGUUCUGCCUCGUGUCGUGGGCCAAGGGACAGAACCCGUAUACCCACGCGCAUACGAAAGCACAGACCCAGUCACAAACACAGGACAUGCCAGUGCCAGAGAGCAGCCAGCCACUAGAGGGGCAACAACCCACUGCUUUGGCUGUUGAAGACCUUGGCUUUGAGCGAUUUCACAGUGUUCUUCAGAAGCGGGUUGUGAUGUCUGUGUCAGAUCUCCAAGCGGAGGUGCUGUCUCUCUACCACACCUGGAGGGGGUGUUGUGGAGUUUUGCUGUUCCUCUACUCUGUCAUCCUCACCAAGGGCAUUGAGAACAUAAAAAAUGAAAUCCAGGACACGCUGGAGCCCCUUAUAGACCCAGUGCACGGCCAUGGAAGUCAGAGUCUGGUGAACCUCCUUGUAAUGGGCCGUGCAGUCUCUAAUGUCUGGGAUGGAGAUCGAGAGUGUUCUGGAAUGAAGCUACACGGUAUUCAUAAGCAGGCGUCAGUUGGCUUCCUCACGCUCAUGGAGUCAUUACGCUACUGCAAGGUGGGGGCAUUCCUGAAGUCGCCCAAGUUCCCUAUUUGGAUCAUUGGCAGUGAAACUCACCUCUCUGUGUUUUUCACAAAGGAGAUGUCCCUCGUUGGUCCAGAAUGUCCAUCAGAGCAGGCCAGGAGGGUCUUCCAGUCAUUUGAUCCUGAAGAUAACGGCUUCAUCCCAGACUCUCUGCUGCAGGAUGCGAUGAAAGCCCUUGACCUUGUCUCAGAGCCAGAGUAUGUUCGUCUGGUCAAGAACAAACUGGAUCCAGAGAACUUGGGCAUAAUUCUUCUGGGCCCUUUCCUGUUGGAAUUCUUUCCCGAUCAGGAUUCAGGAAUCCCGGACUCGUUCCCCGUCUACCACUACAAUGGACUUAAACAGUCCAACCACAACGAGAGGGUGGAAUAUGUGGAAGGGACCGCUUUGGUGCUAGGGUUCGAAGACCCCAUGGUACGGACCGACGACACUCCAGUCAAACGCUGCCUACAGACCAAGUGGCCCUACAUCGAGCUGCUGUGGACCACCGAGCGCUCUCCGUCACUCAACUAGUCUUGUUUGUACAUGCAAUUGACCACUACUGCCUCCAUCUCACUCACACACACACACACACACACACACACACACACGCGCGGUUCUGCUCCAGGGAGCUUAUAGAUAACGGGACCACAACCACACACAUACACACACGCAACAUUAAUGAAUGAGAACGUCACAAAUGCACACAAAAAGACUCGAACAAACACACUGUAUAUGCCUGAGAUUCAUUCUUUCAGUCUCGAUUCAACUCACCUUGAAAUGAUACUUAUUUUCUGUUCAGCACGGCUUGUCAUUUGUCAUGUAGGCUGUUUAUCAUGUCGAACUGUAGCGUGUCACACAAAGUCACAUGCUGGUGCGCAUAUACAUUGUCACGACAACUCUACGAUUAUUCGAAGGACGGGUAAAACAAAAGGAAUGACCAAAGCUUUCCACAUGAGAACACAGAGACUUUCACUCCCACUGCUCAAUGUUUACACUGUUCGGACCAACAUAGGCACAAGGGGAACUGUGGAGUUUUCUUCAAUGUUUUCCGCAGCAUGUAAGAAUGCACGCUGACGAUGUACCUCAUGCACCGCAUUGAGAAAGCGGUCAUGCGCUCAUGUAUUUAUUAACACGCUCACAGUUCAGAUUGUGGAAUAAACACUUUUCUUUUCUUUUCUUUUUUUUUUGGACAUCCUCCUCUGUUGUUUAAAUGUGAAGUUCUCCUUGGCCCAACGUCAGGAAACAUCAGGUUUCCAGGUCCAUCUGUAUCCCUUCAUGACUAACUCACGGCACAUGUUAGCGCUCUGCGGAGGCUCACGAUGAAUAUAGCAAUACAUCUCCAGGAUGGUGAGUUGAAAUGUCUGAUGAAAGUGGUGGAAGAUGAUGUGUUCUCACCUAGUACACUUAAAGGAAUAUUUGUCUUGUACCUCACAGGGUCAAAACGGACUUGUCCAAACCCACUUAGUUAUGUACAGGUCUUGGUGAUAAGUUGAAGUAGUCUCAUGAGUUCAUGCUAGGUACUGUGUAACAAAUCUGAUAAGAAGUCUCAUUCAAAGUGACAGGAUCUAUCUAACCUGAUGAGCUUUUAGUUGGAAGUCAAAUGUGCAUGUAGUAAAAAUGUGCUAUGUCACGGUGAUUUCCAAAGUGGUACCAGUACCACUAGUAGUACGUGUGCUGCCUCUACGUGACAGAAUCACUGAAUUAAAUGUUCACACUGCAGUACAUUUUUCGGUUAUAUUUAACAUUUUUUUACAAUACAUCUGCAUUCUUUUUUUAAAGUGCUUGUUUUCAAAUGUUUAUUUGAGUGCAUUUUUAUUUGAACCUAUGUGUGUGAUAAAUUAAUAAUAAUUAUUAUUAUUAUAUAGCACAAACCUGCACUAAUAUAUUUCAAUGUGGGUCAUUAUGGUGGUACUUGAAGAGCCAAGUAUUUCUUGAGGUGGUACUUGGUGUGCAAGGUUUUAGAACCACUGCUAUGUCAUAAACAUUACAUUGCAACAUGGUGGACUUGUGAUUAGCCUGUUCUGAGGUCCUGGGUUUGAAUCCCAGGUCUGGCUUACCUGUGUGGACUUUGCAUGUUGCAAAUGUGGGGAGUAAAAGUAAAAAGUUACCAGAAAAAUAAAUACAAUACUCAAGUCCAGAUACCCGAAAAAUCUUCAUAAGCACAGCAACCAAGUAUUUGUACUCCGUUACUUCCAACCACUGAACGUAUUACAUGUAGACUCAUUCGAUAACAUUACCUGCAAACUGCCUCAUUGUUUCCACCUCAGCUCAACCACAGAAUUAUGUCUCUUCUGACCUUUUGUUGAACUUUCUCCUGCCUCUUGUUCAUGUUAGAUUAGCAUGCUGACAAAGAGCAGAACCUUUGCGUACAUACUUCUUGCAUGAACGCUUCUCAAAGACAAGGUGAACUGCGCAAUUAAGUGAUGAGGGCAGCUGGUCAGGAAGUGUCUCCAUUUGACAGCUGAAGUUUUAUUUUUUUUAACUUGACAGACACUCAUACUGCUGCUUUCUUCUUAACGAUGCACUGUCAGACUGCCAUUAAACUUCAUUUUGUUGUUUGUA